AUGACCUCGAUUGAUGACCUUUUCCGUAAACCCAAUGCCGCGUCAAAGCGAAAACUUGAGGACCCAACGAAAUCAUUCUCCAAUGCCCUCUCCAACAAAUCCGCUAAAUUGGCCAACGGUUCCUCUCCACGCUCUUCCGCAAAUGGCUCUUCUCAUGACGAGUCUACCUCCAACGGUUCGGGCAGCAAAGCUGCUUUUGUGCAGGAUGAAGUCCUAGACGAGGAAGAUGAUCUCGAGGCCGGACCCGCGCGGCCACCGGAAGACGUCGAGGACGAAGUUGGAGAUGAUGAGGAAGGGCGCUUCUUUGGUGGCGGUGUCACAAAACAAGAAAGAGAAGUGAUUGACUAUCUCGACAAAAAUGAGGCUGGGGAAGUGGAGGAGAAGACUGAUUCCGCGUGGCUUCGCCGCACGGCCAUCAACUUUGAACGGAAAAUCAACAAGAAUGCGGAACUGCGAGCCAAAUACGAGGCCGAGCCCAUGAAGUUUGUGAGUAGUGAGGCCGACUUGGAUGCUGAGAUAAAAGGGUUGAGUCUGUUGAGCGAACAUGGCGAGUUGUACGCCGACUUCGUAAAAAUGGGCUGCGCAGGCAGUUUGGUCGGGUUGCUCGCGCACGAGAAUACCGACAUUGCCAUUGCCGUCUGCGAAUUGCUCGUGGAACUCACAGACGAAGACUCAACGACUACGGAAGAACAGUGGAAGACCUUGGUCAAAGCCAUGAUUCAAGGUGACAUUGUGGAUCUUCUAACCAGCAACCUCAGCAGAUUGGACGAAGACAACAAUGAGAGCGACCGAGCAGGAGUCUAUCACGUCUUGAACGUGAUCGAAAAUAUUCUAUCCGACACCGGAAACGUGGAGGCUGCAGGGUCAAAAGAUUCAUUGAUGGAAUGGCUCCUCUCGAGAAUAAAGAAAGUCGAUCCUUACGCGAGGGGAAAAGUUGGGCAGAACCGGCAAUAUGCGGCGGAAAUUCUGGCCAUACUUCUGCAGAACAACAAAAACAACCGAGAUCGCCUGGCACGAAAAGACGGGGUCGACUCUCUUCUUGAACUUCUGAGUGCCUAUCGGAAGCGAGAUCCCGAGAAAGACUCAGACGAGGAAGAGUUUGCAGAAAAUCUCUUUGAUUGCUUAGCCUGCAUGGUGGAAGAACGGCUUGCUGGCGAAAAGUUUGUGGAAGGAGAAGGCGUUGAAUUGUGUCUCAUUAUGCUCCGAGAAGGGCGUUUGGCCAAAGCACGGGCGCUGCGAGUGCUCGAUCAUGCCAUGAGUGGAGGCAAUGCAACAGCCGUCGCGAUGAGAUUAGUGGACGCGGCCGGACUCAAGACCAUCUUCGGCAUGCUUAUGAAGUCCCACAAAAUGGAGCGAAGCCUUGUCGAGCACCUUAUCGGAAUCCUUGCGAGUAUGUUGAGGUAUCUGCCCGGAGGGUCCGCCGAACGGAUACGCACUCUUGCUAAGUUUGUCGAAAAUGACUACGAAAAGAUCACCAAGCUUGUCGAAUUGCGACGGGAAUACAAGACAAGACUGAGUAAGGUGGAAGCCUACAUUCAGAGGGAACGGCAGGAUCUCAACGAAGCACAGUUGCAGGCACAGGCUGAUGAGUGGUUUUCACGGCGACUGGACGCCGGCCUCUUCUCACUUCAGGCGAUUGAGUUAAUCCUCAGUUGGAUGGUGGCAGAAGAUAACGGAGCGAGGCAGACCAUCACGGUGCUCCUCGGUGAAGACGGGCUCAAGGUUCUCGAGCGGAGCCUGAAAGACCAACUCAACGGGAUGGAUCCUAGUCAAAGUGAUGAAGCAAAGGCAACGGAGGAGAUGCUGGAAGCAUUACUUUUGUGCGUGGAGCAAUGA